UCCUACACUGGGUGAGCUGUAUAGCCUGGGUGGACAGUAUAGUUACUUCAACAUUAAAUGGAAUAAAAUGCCGAGGAUUUAUGUAAAUAGAGACGUCGCUUCAACGUAAUUAAUUGAUGCUUCUUAAUUAAGACAUUACGACAUCUAGAGCGCGUGGCGACAGGCCUAUUUUUGGCUUUUUAUCAGCAAUAUUUCAGGGAGAGGAGCGACGUCCUGCAGCUGCAAGGAAGUUUGUUACUCUUUGUUCCUUGUUGAACAAACACUGAACUGAAGACCUCCACUCCUCAACGUCACACGUCUCCGCUCUUCACCCUCGCCGCCGCCCGUCAAAAGCCCGUCGACAGCGUUGCCUGACCGCACCUGGGCAGAGACAUGUGUGUGCGCAUGUGUCCUCGGAUGCAUGACUGUGUCUAAGAGUGUUUGGGCUGAAGUAAGAGGUUGCAGGCUGCACUUCCUCUCUCACCCUCUGAGAGACGCUUCUCCACUUCACUGACUACAUUUGUCUCCACAACUGCAAAGCAUUAUGGGUAGGAAAAAGAUUCAGAUCCAACGGAUCACCGAUGAAAGGAACAAGCAGGUGACUUUCACAAAGCGAAAGUUUGGCUUGAUGAAGAAAGCCUACGAGCUGAGUGUAUUGUGUGACUGCGAAAUUGCUCUGAUCAUCUUCAACCAUGCAAACAAGCUGUUCCAGUAUGCCAGUACUGACAUGGACAAGGUCCUGCUCAAAUACACAGAGUACAACGAGCCUCAUGAGAGCCGGACCAAUGCAGAUAUUAUUGAGACUUUGAGAAAGAAAGGCUUCAACGGUUGUGAUAGUCCAGAGCCGGAUGGUGAAGACUCCAUUGACCAAAGUCCCCUAAAUGAUGACAAGUACCGUAAGACCACAGAGGAUCUGGAUGUUCUCUUCAAGCGCUACGGACAGUCGACGGCUCCUUCCCAGACCUUCUCGAUGCCGGUCACAGUCCAGGCGUCUAAUCAAAGCACAUUGCAGUUCAGUAACCCUGGCAAUGCACUGGUAACUACCUCCUAUGUAACAUCAUCAUCGCUCACGGAUACCCACCUCCUGUCGCCACAGCAACCGGCUCUUCAGAGAAAUACGGUGUCUCCCGGGUUGCCACAGCGACCAGCCAGUGCAGGUGCUCUUCUUGGAGGCGAGCUGAAUAAUUCAAAUGGAGGAUGCCCAAGUCCAGUCCCUAAUGGAUACACCAGUGCCAGGGCCUCCCCUGGCCUUCUCACCGUUUCCAACGGCAACAGUCUGGGGAAAGUAGUUCCGGCCAAGUCUCCACCCCCACCUCCCAGCCCCCAGAUGGUCAACAGCCGCAAGCCAGACCUCAGAGUCAUCACCUCACAGGGCGGAAAGAGCCUCAUGCAGAUGACAGAGGAUGAGCUGGAAUUGGUAAACGAGAACGCCCAGCGGCUGGCGGCAGGAGCCCAGGUGGCACAAAGCCUCACCACGCCGGUUGUCUCUGUGGCCACGCCGAGCCUCCUGGCACAAGGGCUGCCCUUCUCCGCCAUGACCACAGCGUACAACACAGAGUACCAGCUGACCAGUGCAGACAUCACUGCGUUACACGCUCUGGCGUCACCUGGCGGCUUGUUGCCAACCACAUGGCAACAGCAGGCUGUUUCCCAGCAACAACAACAACAACAACAACAACAACAACAGCAGCAGCAGCAGCAGCAGCAGCAGCAGCAGCAGCAGCAACAGCAGCAGCAACAACAACACCAACAACAACAACAACUUAAUCUUGCAUCACUCAGCAACUUGGUCAUGUGGGGCGUGGACAAACACAGCAGCGAGCUGUCUAGCCAGGUGUCCAGUCUGGCUGCCAACCUGAGUGUUGGCUCUCCGUCCAACCUGCUCUUGGGUAGAGAUGAGUGGUUGGGCCGGCCUGUGACCCAUAUACCUCAAGGCGCCAUGCUGACCGUCAACACAAACUCCAGUGUCAGCAUCAAGUCGGAGCCCAUCUCGCCCGGCAGGGAUCGCAGCACCCCAUGCCCUCCACCAUCUUCUACCACGCCGUCCUCGACCUCAGGGGGAGCCAUCUUGACUGCGCCGCCACAGUACCCUGGCUCCCUGCUGUGCCUGGAGCCCCCGACUGGCCGCUCGCCCGCAGACAGCGUCAGCAGCAAUGCCAGCUCCUUUGAAGGCAGCGAUCGUGAUGACACCGGUGCAGCCGGUGGCGGCGGUGGGGGCGGUGGGGGCGGUGGCGAUGGUGGCGAUGAUGGCGGCGGCAGCGCAGCAGGUGCUGGAGGAAGAGUCGGUCCCGGCAGCCGCCCUGACUUCAGCCCCUCGGCCGAGCUCCUCAGGACGUCGAACGAACCAGAGCAGGAGGGAGGAAACCUCAAGCGCAUGAGAUUGGAUACCUGGGUCACAUAGAGCUGCGUGCCACACCUCUUUGCACCCACAACAUACACACUCAUUCUUUAACCCCCACUGCCAUGUGACACUAUCAUCACACAUCUGCCUCUGUCCCACAUUAUAAAACUCAGCUGCGUCACCCAGACUUAUGAGGCUUUGCCAAAUAUACAUUAAAGAAAAAAAAAAUAGAUAUAAAUAUCCUUUGGGGUUCACGCUCUGAGUGAGGAGAGGAUGACUUAGUGCUCAGCUGGAUAUUGUGGUCCCGUGGAGAUCUUUCAAUUGAAGGACAGUAGAUUUUUAAAGCCUUCUUGGUUGAAUGAACACCCGUAAAGUAAUUUCUUUUGAUAGAAAUGAGGUGUUGAACCUUUUUUUUUUUUUUUUUUCCAAUCUGACAAAACCAUUGAAUACAUUUAUCUUUCACAUGGUUUCACCUUCAUGUAUUUACAUCGAGCUCUGCUGCAUCGUUCACAAUGUGAGUAGUGGCUUAUCCACAUCAUGGGAAUUGUAUGACUCACCACUUCCUGCUUUUAGAAAUCCAACAUAGCUUGGAUCGUGUGCUCCCCAUUCUUCCAGAAGUCACUUCCAAAAUGCACUUUUGGAUAGAACUUAAUCUAGACAAGUUUGAGGACUGAGCAUCUAUCUGGCACUGAGCAAACCGACUCAAACAGGGUCUUCUAGGUUAAGAUACUUAACCAUCAAUGGUUCUUUCCGCUGCCACAUUUCCCAAACCUCGUACACCCAGGCAGGCCUGAGCGGCCUGCCUGGGAGCUGAGCACCUUGCUAGAGUGCCAAUAUCAACCUCUACCACAACAAAUAAAAUGCCAAAUGUCUCUCCCACACAGUACGUGGACAAUGACGAAUUAUCUCUUGCACUGUCACGGAAAGGAUAACUAGAAACUGUUGAUGCUUUUCAAGCUUUGAAUUUGCCGUCACUCUCCUCAGACGGGGUGCUCCUCCCGUCCACUCACCUCAUCUCCUCUGGAACUUGGAUGGAAAUUGUUGCACCAGAAAUCCAGCCAGCCACUCAGCUUAUUACCAGGAGUUGAUGCCAUCCAGUUCAAUGCAUAGUAUGAGUUUUUUUGAGCCGCUCGGGUGGCUUUUUUUGCGGUAGGGAAAGUAUUUGGUUCUUUCAGUCCAAUUGUUCUUUAUCUGUUGGUAUUUAAAAAAUUUAAAAAAAAAUCAGUUUUGAAGGUCUGUUGGUUGUCCAGAAUUAGGAAUUCUGAACUUUGUAUAAAAAUCCCUCCUAUACAAAAGCUUUUAUGUCCUCUUAAGCUCUCUCUAGCUCUCCUUAGCUCUUUGCCGUGUUUCAAAAAGGAAAAGGAAAAAGACAUUUUCUAUAUUUCUACCGCUUCAGUUGGCGACAAAGUAAAAUAGCUUUUCAGCUUCAACGACGUGUAUGUACAUAUGACUAUAUUUGCAUAGACUUUGCUAGGUAUCCCUAAAAACAAGCAAUGUGUUGAUUCUCAGUGGAUCUGUUCGCAUAUACGAGUGUGAAUUUGAUAUGUUUCGAAGCUACGGUGCAGGAGUUUCGCCACACUAGGUCGUGCUGGUGGAUCGGACUUGUUUCACCUAUUUUAUGCUAGUGUUGAUGGUGUGCGCACUUUUUGUCUCACUCACAGAGGCCUGCUUGAUUGUGGUGUCAUCAUAUUCUCCUACCACACAUUUUUUUUUUAAAAACCCAAAUCAAACCCACAAUAGAAUUGUCCAUUACCACCUAAUUAUGAAACGAUUAGGACACUGCCAUUCACUUAGUGUUUUUAAGAAAUAAAAUGCACAUCUUUGAUGUGUAUUUUGAUUCACAGAAUCUUUUCCACAUUAAGCUUACACAGAUUAUGCCUUUUUUCACUUAGAAAUGAAGUGCUGUGUUUGUUGUUUAAUGGUAUGUUUUCUAGUGCGAAUUUGUUUAGUCUGAACCAUUUCAAGUUGGUGUAUAAGUGUACAAAGGCUGUUUAUAGCCUAGAAAUAGAAAGAUUCUCCCGAUUGCUUGACCUUUUUUCCCUUGAGACGAUGCUCAAAGUGCAGACUGGCAUGUCAGCUGUUUGUUGACUGUUAAUUAUCUAAAACAAUCUUACACUUUUAUAUCGGUGUAGGGGAAGUGGACACGAAUUCAUGAAUUGAUGGUUUGGUGUGAUUAGUAGCAGAGUGUGACACUAGUGUUUGACACUGACUUUGGGUUUGUGGCAAGUAUCCGGAAAAAACAUCACCCUGCUGUGCGACAUUUUUACGCCAGUGUUGUUGUUUUCCAUGAUCAGGUAAUUUUUCCAUCCGUCAUUCGACAGUGUGUUGGGUAGCUCUUUACUCUGCUAAUUUCAGGUUAUUUUUUUUUUAUUUUCUUCAGAUAAUCUUCAAUUUUACAUCCAACACUUUCGAAAAACUCAUGUUGGUGAAAAUUUGCCUCUUAAACCGUUAAAGGGAGUUUUUCUACAUUUUGUGAAACUCGUUUCGUCGCUUUCUUACAGAUAGUUAGAUGAGAAGAUUGAUACUCACUCAAUAAUAUUUGUGCAGUAAAUAUGAAGCUAGAGCUGGUUAGUUACACGUGCUAACAGCUAGCCUGGCUGUGUACGAAGGUAACAAAACUCGCCUUCUAGCGCCUCUAAUGCCGCCUUUAUUUCAUACCACUUAAACAGGGAUUAUGAACAAUUUUCAUCCAAAUUUCGCCAAAGACUAAUGACUUGAAAAAAAAUAUGUGAAUUUGCAUUUCCAAGCACCUACCGCACGGCGUUUCCCCCUUUUCCAGUCCUUAUGCUAAGCUAAGGUAAUCGGCUGUGACUCUCCAUUUAACAGAUGAAUAUAAGUGGUAUCAAACUUCUCAUCUAAGUACAUUUCCCAAAAUGUGGAACAAUUUCUUUGAACUGAUGAGUGGUACCACCCUUCAGGCAGAGAGAUCAGUCAUUUCCAUUUAUAUAUCAACUCAGUUUUAGUGGAAACUUUGUGUUUGUGGGCGCUGAUGGUGGACUGAAAUGUGACACCACACCGAUUGGCUUCCUGCCUCGUGCAGGUUUGUUCAUGUACAAAAAGGUUCUCUGUCUUGUGACUAAACAGCUAGAUUGGACAAUCUAUAAGAGAAAUGAAAACCUGCACCCUUGUUACUUGUUGUGUAAAAUGUUUUCUAGACUCUCACUAUUUUUGGAUUAAUUUGUGCUGGUGACAUUUCCAUUGUCUAUUAUUAUGAUAUUAUUAUGGAGCUAUUAUUUUAUUGCUAUUUUGUGUAGGAUAGUUUUUAUUUUCUCCUAUCAUAAACAUAGUACUGGUUUCCUUUUUUUUUUAAACAACUUGCUGAAAAUUGCACGAUCGGUUAUUGUGGUAUUAGCAAAUGCAAUGAAGGAAAUACCAGUUAAAUGCUGCAGUUUUAAUUAAGAUAAAGAAUAUAUUUAUAAAAAUGGGAAACAACUGAAAUUAGUAGUUCAUGAAAUUUGAAAAAAAAAAAAAGUAAAUGCAUGGGAUACAGGUAACAAAACUUAUGUUACGCACAGUAAUGAUACAGGACAUGCAUCACAAAUGAGUUAUAAAACAACUCAGAAUAAUGUAGCAUAUGAAAUACUAAAGAUGAAAUUUAUAGCUAAUAUAUUGUGUUGAGCUAGUCUGCUUUUGGUUUUUGUUGUAAAGAAAAUAAUUCUUUGUUUUUUGAGAAUGAUUUACAAUUUGUGUAUAUUUUCAUAUACAAAGUAUGCACUGAUAUGUUAUUGAAAUUCUAUACCGCUUUUACAAAAAAAAGUGUUUGUUGUACCAAAGUAUCCAAGUCCCUUGAAACCUUCCCCUUUUUGCGUAUGUUUUACCGUAUUUUAUAUAUUAAAUAGACAAACUGAGUGAAAUGAA